CAGAAGUGCCACUGCCAAAUGGCCCUAUACUUCAUGAGGAAAAUAUCAUUGCCACGUAUGCAGCAAGAGGAGUUCAGCUAAAGAUCUCCUUCUCUCUCUUCACUCUCUCUCUAACCUCUCUCCACCCAAAAUCUCCUCAAUAGAAGAACAUCCAAAUCUUUACCAUUUCUACUACUACUAAAAGCUUUCUUCUUUCUUUUCUCUUUUUUUUUUUUCAUAUGUCAAAAUUAACCAGUUCUUUGUUCCCUUUUCAUUUAGAUUUUCCAGAAUAAUUCUUUCUCAACCCACUUUGACAUUUUGCAACAGGGAAGAGCUUUGGAUUGACUGUCUCUAGAUAUUAUCUGCACAUUUGUUUCUCUGGAAUUUGGCCAUUCUCAUCCUUGGUGGGUCAUCUAAGUGCUUAAGCUUAGCAAAUUCCUCCAUAACUAGACAACAGUUCUGGAGUAUUGUCUGUUAAGCUUAAAGAUGUUAAAUUACUGUAUUUUCAUACUCGAUUGGUAGUUUCCGCUGGGAGGAUCGUGUCUGUAUUGUUGAAGACACCUUGAUUGUAUAUAAAGGUCCAUCUGUUAGGUUUUUCCGGUAUGGCUGCUACAUGUGAGAGGUGGAUAGACAGGCUUCAGUUUUCCUCUCUGUUCUGGCCUCCACCACAAGACAGUGAACAACGCAAGGCUCAAAUUACUGCAUACGUUGAGUUCUUUGGGCAGUUUACAUCCGAAUCCUUUCCUGAGGACAUAGCUGAGUUGAUCCGGAAUCGGUAUCCGUCUAACGAACAUCGACUUUUUGAUGAUGUCCUAGCAACUUUUGUUCUUCACCAUCCUGAGCAUGGGCAUGCUGUCAUUCUUCCCAUUAUAUCUUGCAUCAUUGAUGGUUUAGUGGAAUAUUCCAAAAGUGCCCCUCCGUUUACUUCCUUCAUUGCCUUGGUCUGUCCGAGCAAUGAGAAUGAGUACUCUGAACAGUGGGCUUUAGCAUGUGGAGAGAUUUUACGAAUCUUAACUCAUUACAAUCGUCCAGUUUACAAAGUUGAGAAUAAUGACAGUGAAGUGGAUAGAAGAAGCAGUGGCAAACAUGUUUCUACUAGCGGUAAAGUAGAUGGUGAAUCAAGCUCUGGUUCGGCACACCAUGAUAGGAAACCUCUGAGGCCGUUGUCACCCUGGAUUACUGACAUACUACUUGCUGCACCUCUGGGUAUCAGAAGUGACUACUUUCGAUGGUGCGGUGGCGUUAUGGGGAAGUAUGCAGCUGGAGAACUCAAACCACCUUCAACAGUUUCUUCACGUGGUUCUGGAAAGCAUCCCCAACUGCUGCCAUCAACUCCAAGGUGGGCUGUUGCCAAUGGUGCGGGCGUGAUACUAAGUGUCUGCGAUGAGGAAGUAGCUCGUUAUGAGACGGCAACCUUGACUGCUGUUGCAGUUCCUGCGCUUUUACUGCCCCCACCGACUACAGCUAUGGAUGAGCAUCUUGUCACAGGACUUCCAGCACUUGAGCCAUAUGCACGAUUAUUUCACAGAUAUUAUGCAAUUGCUAGUCCACAUGCCACUCAAAGACUUCUUCUUGGACUUCUAGAAGCUCCUCCAUCAUGGGCACCUGAUGCUCUUGAUGCAGCUGUUCAACUGGUCGAACUCCUGCGUGCAGCAGAAGAGUAUGCCACCGGAAUGCGGCUACCAAGGAACUGGAUGCAUUUGCAUUUCCUACGGGCAAUUGGGAUUGCAAUGUCAAUGAGGGCAGGAAUUGCUGCUGAUGCUGCAGCUGCGUUACUUUUCCGUAUCCUAUCACAACCUGCUCUACUCUUCCCUCCAUUAAGACAAGUCGAAGGAGUAGAAGUUCAGCAUGGACCCAUGGUUGGUUACAUCUCAUCAAGAAAGCAGAGAGAAAUCCCCGCAGCAGAAGCUACUGUUGAGGCCACUGCCCAAGGGAUAGCGUCCAUGCUUUGUUCCCAUGGUCCGGAGGUUGAAUGGAGAAUAUGUACAAUUUGGGAAGCUGCAUAUGGGCUAAUACCUUUGAGUUCGUCUGCUGUUGAUCUUCCUGAACUUAUAGUAGCAACCCCUCUGCAACCUCCAAUUCUAUCAUGGAAUUUGUACAUUCCCUUGCUUAAAGUUCUUGAAUAUCUACCCCGUGGUAGCCCUUCUGAAACGUGUCUAAUGAAAAUAUUUGUUGCCACUGUUGAAGCAAUUCUUGUCAGAACAUUUCCUCCUGAGUCAACAAGAGAACAAAUCAGAAAAACAAGAUAUGUCUUUGGCUCUGCCUCUAAAAAUCUUGCCGUCGCGGAGCUUCGUACAAUGGUUCAUUCACUUUUCUUGGAGUCAUGUUCUUCGGUGGAGCUUGCCUCUCGCCUUCUUUUUGUGGUGCUAACAGUAUGUAUGAGUCAUGAAGCUCAGCCUAAUGGAAACAAGAAGCCAAAAGGUGGUGACGUUUAUAAUAGUUCAGGUGAAGCCAGUGAAGAAUUGCAACUCAAUGGGAAGAGUAAAGAGAUAGGAAAUAAGAAAAUGAAGAGGCAGGGUCCCGUGGCAGCAUUUGAUUCGUAUGUCCUCGCUGCUGUAUGUGCUCUGUCUUGUGAACUUCAACUUUUCCCUUUGAUUUCUAAGGGUACUAAUGGUUCAGAUCCCAAGAGCAUGGAGGAUUUGGCUAAGCCUGCAAACUUAAGCGAAGUAUCCACGGAGUUAAGAGGUAGUGUUGACUCUGCAUUAUGUCAUACUCGCAGGAUAUUGGCAAUUCUAGAGGCACUUUUCUCCUUGAAACCAUCUUCUGUGGGCACGUCUUGGAGCUACAGCUCAAAUGAGAUAGUUGCUGCUGCUAUGGUGGCCGCUCAUAUUUCUGAUCUCUUUAGGCGGUCUAAGGCUUGUAUGCAUGGUCUUUCAAUUCUGAUGAAGUGUAAGUGGGACAGUGAAAUCCACUCAAGGGCAUCUUCUCUUUUUAAUCUUAUUGAUAUACACAGUAAAACUGUUGCAUCCAUUGUAACUAAGGCAGAACCAUUGGAAGCACAUCUAAUGCAUGCACCUUUAUGGAAGGAAACUUCUUCAUGUUUUCAUGGAAAAGAAUAUGGUAAAUGUUCUAGCUGUGGGUGUUUGGGAUCUGGGGAGGCUUCUUCUAAAGAACUGUGCGAGGAUCCUUCUGAUUCAAAGGUCUCAGUUGAGGUUGAGAAGGAUUACAUAACAGGUGAUGUCACCAAGUGUAUGAUGGGCAAAGGAAUUGCUAGUUUUCCAACGGAUGCAUCAGACCUGGCCAACUUUUUAACAAUGGACCGGCACAUAGGAUUCAACUGUAGUGCCCAAGUUCUUCUGAGGUCAGUGUUGGCUGAGAAACAAGAAUUGUGUUUUUCUGUCGUUUCUUUGCUCUGGCACAAGUUGAUUGCAUCACCUGAAACUAAACCAUGUGAAGAAAGCACUUCUGCCCAGCAAGGAUGGAGACAGGUGGUUGAUGCAUUAUGCAAUGUAGUGUCAGCAUCACCGGCAAAGGCAGCAACAGCUGUUGUUCUCCAGGCGGACAGGGAAUUGCAGUCUUGGAUUGCUAAAGAUGAUGAUCUUGGUCAGAAGAUGUGGAGAAUCAAUCAACGAAUUGUCAAGGUGAUUGUGGAGCUGAUGCGAAAUCAUGAUAAACCAGAAUCACUGGUAAUUCUGUCUAGCGCCUCAGACCUGCUGUUACGUGCCACGGACGGAAUGCUUGUUGAUGGAGAAGCAUGCACUUUACCACAAUUGGAGCUGCUCGAAGCUACAGCAAGAGCUGUUCAACCAAUGCUUGAAUGGGGAGAAUCUGGGUUAGCUGUUGCCGAUGGCCUCUCAAACCUGUUGAAGGUAACAAAACAGUCUGACCCAACAUUUUCUUUUGAGACCUUAGUAAAAUGAUGAAUAUGGGACCGGCCCUCAUGUUUUGUUACUGAAGCGAGCCUAUUGAAGAGAUUCUGUCUACAUUAGAUUCUUAUUCCCUCAAGGAAAAUAGAAAAGCAUUUGCCAAAAGGCAAAAAAUCUGAAGCUUACGGAUAUGGUUGAAUUCAAACUUAGCUAUCAAUGUUAUUUUUACAUCACUUGGUAACAUUUUAAAAAAUGGGUAAUACAUGCAGUGUCGAUUACCAGCCACGAUUCGAUGUCUCUCUCAUCCCAGUGCUCACGUUCGGGCACUUAGCACAUCUGUUCUUCGUGCUAUUUUAUUUUCCGGCUCAUUAAAAUCGGGUGGGAAGACCGGGGAGAAGAAUGGCAUCCAUCAGUCUGCUGCGUAUCAGUAUUUAAAUGUAGGCAUCAUCAACUGGCAAAACGACAUUGAAAAAUGUUUAAGAUGGGAAGCUCAUAGCCGCCUUGCUACCGGAAUGUCUAUGCAGUUUCUUUACACUGCUGCCAAAGAGUUGGGAUGCACGAUUUCUAUCUAAAUCUAAAGUUUAUAUUUUCAUUAGUUUUUUUUUUUUUUUUUGGUUAUAGAACACAGAAAACCAGCAAUUCACUUCGAUGUUGACUGCGGUAUGAGACUCCUGUUUGAUUUGAUACUAGUAAUGGUAUAAUAACCUUUCUUAAAUGAUGAUUUUCUCAGGCGGAAUGAGGUUAAAGAUUGUGCAACUUGAUUUAUCCAUUUGGGAAGUUUUAGGUUUUGAAAUGUUUGCUUGCUGUCUCAUACAUAAAAAGGAAACAAAAAGUGCGAGUUAAUGAAUCA